AUGAGUGACCCCAGGUCUGUGGUGCCGAUGGGCAAAGAUGAGCCCGCAGGUGAGCAGGGUAAGAACCGCGACCAGAGAAAGAGGGUGGAGAAGGAAGGAUCAAUGCGGCACUUCACAGUCGAUGACUUUGAAAUCGGGCGUCCUCUGGGCAAGGGGAAAUUUGGGAAUGUGUACCUGGCUCGCCUCAAGGAAAACCAUUUUAUUGUGGCCCUGAAGGUUCUUUUCAAGUCCCAGAUAGAGAAGGAAGGACUGGAGCACCAGCUACGCAGGGAAAUUGAAAUCCAGUCGCAUCUACAACACCCCAAUAUCCUAAGGCUGUACAAUUACUUCCAUGAUGCUCGCAGGAUAUACCUGAUCCUGGAAUAUGCUCCAAGGGGUGAGCUGUACAAGGAGCUACAGAAAAACCAGAAAUUCGAUGAGCAGCGAACAGCCACGAUAAUAGAGGAGUUGGCAGAUGCCUUGACUUACUGCCAUGACAAGAAAGUGAUUCACAGGGAUAUUAAGCCAGAAAACCUGUUGCUGGGAUUCAGGGGUGAGGUGAAGAUUGCAGAUUUUGGCUGUUCUGUGCACACUCCCUCUCUGAGGAGAAACACAGUGUGUGGAACACUGGACUACUUGCCUCCAGAAAUGAUCGAGGGGAGAAUAUAUGCUGAGAAGGUGGAUCUGUGGUGCAUUGGGGUGCUCUGCUAUGAGCUGCUGGUGGGAAAUCCACCCUUUGAGAGCACCUCCCACAAUGAGACCUACAAACGCAUCCUCAAGGUAGAUGUGAAGUUCCCCCUGUCAAUGCCUUUGGGAGCUCAGGACUUGAUCUCCAAGCUUCUCAGAUACAAUCCCCAGGAGCGGCUGCCCCUGGCCCAGAUCCUGAAGCACCCCUGGGUCCAGGCCCAUUCCCAGAGGGUGCUGCCUCCCUGUCCUCAGAUGGCUUCCUGAGCCCUGUCUGUCUCUGUUCCUUGCUGUUUAGAGAGUUCUCCUGGUGUUGCUACCUUAUCUUUCUUGUUUGUUUCUUCUCUUAUUAAAUUAGCGUUGUGCAUCUUAAAAAAGCUGAAUAAUUUUGUAC